AUGCAAACACAGAUUGAGCCAAAAACUGGACCACUAAAUGGUGGAAUUCUUUUGACCAUAACGGGAUCUAAUUUGGGAAUAAAAGCAGAAGAUGUAAAAAAUAUAAUGGUGGCAGACAAGGAAUGUCUUUUCAAAGAGGAAUUCUACUCUGUUUCCACAAGGAUUGUAUGUCAAGUUGGACCAAUGAAUGAACCAAAACAAGGUCAAAUUGAAGUUAACAUCAACGGAAAAUUAGGUAAAUCACCAAGCGAAGUGCUGUUUACAUACCAGGAACCUCAUCCUUCUGGAAUGAGACCUGAAAGCGGUCCACAAGCAGGUGGAACCACACUUACCAUCACUGGUAUAAACCUGGCCACCGGUUCCAAGAAGGAUGUUCAAGUUUCAGUUGGUAGCCAGCCUUGCAAUGUCACUGAAUUUGGAGAUGAGAUCGUUUGCAUUACCGGACGUAAUAGCAAGGUUGAAGCUGUGGAAGUCACGAUGGACUAUGGGGGCACGACAAUUCGUGUACCAGGGCAGUUUUCAUACAGUGAGAAUCCUACUGUCACCAAGUUCCUGCCAGUAAAUAGCUUCAGCAGUGGAGGGAGAAAUAUUACAGUAACUGGAACCGGUUUUGAGCUCAUCCAGAGUUUCUCAUUGGUGGUACAUGCAGAGCGUCCAGAAGCAGGAAAAAUGAAUCUCAAAAGGUUUGAUGGAAAGCUUGUUACAAGACUCAAUGAAACCACAGUGGUUUUUUCUUCCCCACCAAUACUGGAAGACCCAGAAAACUAUAACAUUACCACUAUUAUUCUAAUGGAUCAUUAUCAAUUGGUUGUAAAAAAUGAGAGCCACUCCUUUGCCUAUGUUGCAGACCCAACCUUUGAGAACUUCACAGAUGGCAUCAAAAAACAAGUCAACAAACUUAUUAAUGCAAAGGGCAGUAACCUGAACAAAGCCAUGACGAUAGACGAGGCCCAGGCUUUUGUGGGUGACGAGCCUUGCAACAUAAAAACACUAACUGAAACGGACUUAUAUUGUGAGCCACCAGAAGUACAGCCUCAACCAAAGAAAAGGCAGAAGAGAGAUACCAUCAAUAACCUUCCUGAAUUCAUUGUGAAAUUUGGACUCCGGGAGUGGAUCCUCGGAAGGGUUGAAUAUGAUACACGUGUGAGUGACAUCCCACUGAAUCUUAUUUUGCCACUGGUACUGAUUCCUAUGAUAGCAAUCAUCGUCACCUCUAUCAUCUGUUACAGACGCAAGAGCCAACAAGCAGAACGAGAAUAUGAAAAAAUUAAAUCACAACUUGAAGGCCUGGAGGAGAGUGUCAGAGACCGGUGCAAGAAGGAAUUCACAGAUCUAAUGAUAGAGAUGGAGGAUCAGACAAAUGAUAUAAAUGAAGCUGGAAUUCCAGUACUGGACUACAAAACCUACACAGACAGAGUCUUCUUCUUGCCCUCCAAAGAUGGAGAGAAAGAUGUGAUGAUUACGGGGAAGCUGGAUAUUCCUGAGGCCAGGCGGCAGACUGUGGAGCAGGCUUUGAACCAGUUCUCCAACCUCCUCAACAGCAAAUCAUUUCUCAUUAAUUUUAUUCACACGCUGGAAAACCAAAGGGAGUUCUCUGCUCGAGCUAAAGUGUACUUUGCAUCUUUACUGACAGUUGCUUUACAUGGAAAACUAGAAUACUAUACUGACAUCAUGAGGACGCUGUUCUUAGAACUGAUGGAGCAGUAUGUUGUGGCUAAAAACCCAAAGCUCAUGCUAAGAAGAUCUGAAACAGUUGUUGAAAGAAUGUUGUCUAACUGGAUGUCUAUUUGUUUAUAUCAGUACCUCAAGGACAAUGCCGGGGAGCCUCUUUAUAAAUUGUUCAAGGCUAUCAAACACCAGGUAGAAAAAGGCCCAGUGGAUGCUGUGCUAAAGAAAGCCAAGUAUACAUUGAAUGACACAGGUUUACUGGGAGAUGAUGUAGAGUAUACACAGCUGACAGUAAAUGUGUAUGUACAAGAUGGAGGAACCGAUUCCAUACCUGUGAAAGUGCUGAACUGUGAUACUAUAUCACAAGUAAAGGAAAAGAUAAUAGACCAAGUCUAUCGAAAUCUGCCAUGUUCUCAGUGGCCAAAAGCUGAGAGUGUAGUUCUUGAGUGGCGCCCAGGUUCUACUGCACAGAUCCUCUCAGACUUGGAUUUAACAUCCCAAAGAGAUGGCAGAUGGAAACGUAUCAACACACUAAUGCAUUAUAAUGUCCGAGAUGGUGCCACACUCAUCUUAUCGAAAAUGGGAAUUUCCCAACAGCCAGAGGAUAAUCAGCAAGAUGUCCCAGGGGAGAGGCACGCACUCCUGGAAGAUGAAAAUAAGGUCUGGCAUCUAGUCCGGCCAGUAGAUGAAAUAGAUGAAGGUAAAUCAAAGCGGGGCAGUGUGAAAGAAAAAGAGAGGACCAAAGCUAUUACAGAAAUCUACCUGACCAGACUUCUUUCUGUGAAGGGGACACUUCAGCAGUUUGUAGAUAACUUCUUUCAUAGUGUGCUCAACUCAAACCACGUGGUGCCACCAGCUGUGAAAUACUUCUUUGACUUUCUUGAUGAGCAAGCAGAAAAACAUGACAUCAAGGAUGAAGAUACCAUUCACAUCUGGAAAACAAACAGCCUGCCUCUUAGAUUCUGGGUAAACAUACUGAAAAAUCCCCAUUUCAUCUUUGAUGUUCAUGUUCACGAAGUAGUGGAUGCUUCCUUGUCAGUCAUUGCACAGACUUUCAUGGAUGCUUGCACAAGAACAGAGCACAAAUUAAGCAGAGAUUCCCCAAGUAAUAAAUUACUUUAUGCAAAAGAAAUCUCUAACUAUAAGAAAAUGGUGGAAGAUUACUACAAAGGUAUUCGUCAGAUGGUGCCAGUUAGUGACCAAGACAUGAAUACCCACCUAGCAGAGAUUUCUAGGGCACAUACCGAUUCCUUAAAUACGCUUGUGGCUCUACACCAACUCUACCAGUAUACUAACAAAUACUAUGAUGAGAUUAUAAAUGCACUUGAAGAGGAUCCAGCUGCACAAAAAAUGCAGCUUGCCUUCCGUUUACAGCAAAUAGCAGCUGCGUUAGAGAAUAAAGUGACUGACCUUUGACUCGAAAGCCGCAAUAAAGAAAUCUGAUCUGAAGAUGUUCAAAUUCAUUCUUCCUGUUAAGGAAAUAGUGUUCUAUUUUUUAAUGUAUAAUUACAACUUUAAAUGAAAGAUUUCAUGUUUUUUUGAUAGCAGAGGUGUAAUGUAAAGAAUUUUUACUGUAAAUUAUGCUUCUAAUUAAAAGCUGUGUUGU